AUGCUCUACGGGGUCAGUCCGACCAUUGUAUAUGGCAAACGUUGGUUAAUGGAACCACCGAGGAAGCACUGCCCUCUCUAUUCUACGCGUGAACGGCGAUUGGAAGAUGCGAUCCAGGGCCUUGCUCAUGGCAUCGUUGGCCAGGCCUUGGAAAAAGUCUCGCUCGGAGGGGUUCUUGAUUUUCGCCUGUAUUCGUUAUCUUCAUCACUAGCACAUAGCUUAUGCUCAGGCGGUAAUAAUUCAAGUUACCAAUAUUUCGUGGAUUAUUAUGACGGAUCAGGAUCAUCCUCAGAUGCAGACUUUGCUGUUGACACCCUCACUCUGGGAUCAACUACAAGCCGCCCCGUGCCUCUCCCUAAAUCUAUCAUAGGGUGUGGACAUGAUAACGAAAGAUUCACUAAUGCAAAUGGUUCCGGCGUUGUUGGCCUUGGACGUGGUGCGAUUUCUCUUGUUUCCCAACUGGGUUCUUCUAUUGAUGGCAAAUUCUCCUACUGCCUGAUUCCAUUUACUUCCCAUGGCAAUACCACAAGCAAAUUGAAUUUUGGUAGUAAUGCUGUGGUAUCCGGUUCUGGAGCCGUGUCUACUCCCUUAGUCUUAGGACAGGAUAGCUACUACUACAUAACACUCGAAGCAAUUCGUGUUGGCAGAAAAAGAAUCGACUUGACCGGUGCUUCCGAAUCCGGAACCUAG